AUGAACUUUAAUAAAAUAAAUCGCCGGGUUAAGGCUGAGGGUAGUAACGAGGAGAUCGUUAUACCCAGCAUACGUGCCCGUCGUCCUGGUAAUACAAGAGGACGUGGACGUAGACCCCGACCACAUUCCACUAAUUCACCCAGUCAAAACGACGUUAACCACCAGCAAACAACUCUUCAUCCAAAUGAUAUAAACUAUCAACCUGUAGCAGUUAGAAUGACGACAACUACACCAGUAACACCGCUUAAUGUCUACAAUGAAAUUUUACCGCCGGUACUCGUAACCGUGUCACCACAAACUCAGCGUAGGCAACAACAUCAACGCACUCAUUACGAUCGUAAAUUACAAAGACAACGUGAGAAAGAAAAACGUCGCAUGCAGAAAAAACGUGAGCGGCAGGAAAAGAUGAGACGUGAAAAACAACAACGUCUUAAAGAACAACGUCGUUUAAGAGAGGAACAUCGCCAACAACACAACAACGAGCAAAUGAAUCAUCAAUCUGACGUACCUGGUCAAUUAAGGCAGCAUGAAGAAGAACUUGAGAGAAGACGUUUGCAACAACAGGAAAAUGAAGAAAGAGCACAAUUGUUAAAGAAAGAACAGGAACAACGCGAACAUUUACGACAACAAGAAGAAAAGGCACAAGAGCAGGAACAACGCAAGCGUUUGCAAGAACAGGAACAUGAAGAAAGAGCACGUCUACAAAAGCAAGAAAAGGAGCAACGUGAGCGUUCGCAACAACAAGAACAGGAAGAAAGAGCGCGUAUAGAGGAACACCAAAGAGAACUUGAAGCACUUAAACAAUUAUAUGCUGAAGAAGAGAAGCAACGAGUUCAGGACGAAGAGGAUCAACGUUUGGCCAAUGAGCAAAAACAAAAAGAACGUGAAAGAAUUGCUAAAGAAUUACAAGAACGCGAAGAAACAAAACGUAAAAUCGAAGAACAACGUGCAGCAGAAGCACGCAAACAUGAAGAAGAGCGCUUAGAAGAGGAAAAACGUUUAAAAGAAGAAUAUGAAAAACGUAUACAAGAUGCACAAAAUGAAUUAGAGCGACGUCAACAUGAGGAAGAAGAAAGAAAACGUUUACAGGAUGAAGAAAAUAGACGUCGUACAGAAUUGGAAGAAAAAGCUAGACAAGAACAAAUUAAACGUGAACUAGAAGAGGAAGAAAAACGUACAGAACUGCAACGUUUAGAAGAAACGAAACGUUUUGAACAACAAGAAUUACAACGUUUAUAUGAAGAAAAUCGCAAACGUGAAGAAGCACAACGAAAACGGCAAGAGGAAAUUGCACGCCGAGAAGCUGAACAAAAACAAAUCGAAGCCGAGGAGGAACGCUUACGACAAGAAUUGGAAGAAGCUGAAAAAGCGCGUAAACGACAACACGAAGAUGAAAUACGACGUGAAAAUGAAGCUGCCAAAGCAGAAGAAGAGUCAAAGAAACGUCAGGAAGAAGAACAAAAUCGACAACGUCUAGAACGUUUGAAUGAAUUGAAACGGGAAGAAGAUGAGUGUGUGCGUAAAGCCGAAGAAGAAAAGAAACGUAAAUAUGCUGAACGAAUCGCACGACUCUCACCAGAAAUGCAAAAGGCAUUCUUCGAACAACGUAAACGACGAAAGCAACAAAAACAAUUACAAGCACUAAGUAAUAAUGAAGCUAAUAAUUAAGAACAAAAUUACAUAUUCUAGAAUAUGAAAAAUCGAAACAAGAGAAGAGAGCAAAGAACAAAGUAAAGUAAAGAAAAAAGUAAGAAAGAACUCAUUUAUUAAGUUGAUUUAAACAAAAACUGAAGUAAAGAAUUUUAAAUUAGCAUUGAAAUAGCAGUAAAUAUAUAG